AGUCUCGCGAGAACAACAGUCGAGCGAAGGAAGCGUUCACAUCCGCCGGAAGUGUGGCUCGAGUAGCAUGAUAGGCCUGUAGACUUGCCUUUUCUGUAGGGGUGGGAGAAGGGUUGCUGGAAGCGGAAGAAACUCUUCAGGCGGCAUGGCGGUGAGGUGGCUGAGAGUCCUUUUCCUUGAGCUGGGAGUGCUUGUUGCUUUGGUGCCGGUUACAAUGGAAGGUUCGGGGAAGGCUGUGAAUAUCAACUCCGUGGUAACUGAAAAGCAAGCCAAGGUGUCAAUCUCAACUCCUUCAAAGCCUUCUGGCGAGUCUCCAGCUGAAGUCUCCAGUUCAAGUCCUGCUCGGAAUACCUUGAAUCCUAGUGUACCCAAGAUGGUGGAGAACAAGUCUCCAUUUGAUGUCUCCAGUUCACAUAUCGCUCCAAAGGAUUCAGACACUAGUACGUCCCAUUCAGGUGACCCGUCGGGGGUUAAGGAGCAAAAGGAGACUCGGCCUGAUGUCCCCAGUUCAGAAACAACUCCAAAGGAUUCAGAAACUAGUACGUCCCAUUCAGGUGACCCGUCGGGGGUUAAGGAGCAAAAGGAGCCUCGGCCUGGUGUCUCCAGUUCAGAAACAACUCCAAAGGAUUCAGAAACUAGUACGUCCCAUUCAGGUGACCCGUCGGGGGUUAAGGAGCAAAAGCCUCGGCCUGGUGUCUCCAGUUCAGAAACAACUCCAAAGGAUUCAGAAACUAGUACGUCCCAUUCAGGUGACCCGUCAGGGGUUAAGGAGCAAAAGCCUCAGCCUGAUGCCUCCAGUUCAGAUGUGAAUCUAAAGGAAGAAGCUGGAUCCAAUCCAGGAGACAUUGUGGAUGGACAUGAAAGUGUUGUUUCUCAGUCUGGUGACAGUAAAACAGAAGAAACAGAAGUAAAACAGAGUGACCUGGACGAAGAUGUAGAGGACCAGGGAAAGGCUGGCGAGCCAAUCGAUCAAGCCCCCAAGAAUGAAUCUGAGAAUAGCCAUUUCUUUGCCUACUUGGUGACCACUGCCAUUGUUGUUGCAGCCUUGUACAUUGCCUACCACAACAAGCGGAAGAUUAUUGCCUUUGCUCUGGAAGGGAAAAAAUCAAAGCUCACCCGAAGGCCCAAAUCUAGUGACUAUCAGCGACUCGACCAAAAGAUUUAAGGAAUCUUAAAUCUUUAUGCGCCUGAAAUUCCUGUUCGUGUGGAAUGAAGAUUCGUCCCGAAAAUGUGCACACAGAAUCAUAGGAUAAUUCUUGCCUUCCAUUGAUACAGCCCUAAAGCCUUCCAGCUGUUCUUCGGUGCCCACAAGGAGGGAGGAAUAGAAGUGCUUUUAAUUGUGCACGUGCACUUUGGUGAUGGUCAUGCCUCAAUCUUUCUUUCAAAGUCCUCAGAUAUGUGUUUCCCCUCGGCUACUUGAAGUUGGACUGUUUUCUCCCACACUGUGACAUAGGAACCAAUAACAGGAAACUCUCCUUGUGGUAGUCCAGACGCUGUAGCUUUUACCUUGACCCAAAGGGCUGUAUCAAGGAGGCACCUUGCCUCUUCAGAAAGUGGCUCAAUCUGUCUCUUUAUAGGUUCCUGGCAUUAUCAGCAUAAUUGGUGUGAUGGGCUUGUAGUUGACUUGAUGGAGCCUGUUGACUGCUGCCCAUGUUAUGAUCCAUUGCGUUAGUUGAGAAAUAUUUUGCCAGGGGUACGAAUUUGUUGUCUUCUGUUUGUAGGCAACAGAAAGUUGGGAGCUUGUUCAACCUCUGCAGCCCUUUCUAGAGAAGUCGGAGUACAAGUAAAGGACAUAUUAUCAGCUUGUUUCUUCUGAACAAUUUUGAUCAAUUGGUUGUUACAUUUCUAAUUAUUAGACUAAAGAUCAAAUGAUCCUAAGUCUGCUUGUGUUGGCCAGGGGAUGCCUUAAUCCUCGUCUCCCACUUCUUUUCCUAUGCUAGUGCCAAGCUUCUUUAAAAAGAAAUCUUGAUUAUCGGUAGUGCCAUAUCCCCAUUACAGAUGUCGCAGGAGCAAAACAAUGGCACUGAGGCUGUUCGAAUUGACCUAAGACCACAAAGGAUUGCCUGUGAGCUUUCCCUCAGAGACAGUUUAUAAGAAAUAAGCGCUUUAUAAACACUUGCCUUGUUGCAUGAUAAAUCCACCAUUCUAGCACUGAAUGAUCUUGCUCUUGAUCUUAGGAGUUUAUGGAUUAGUUGCUCUUGCACAUGUUUAAACUUUCCACUUCAAAGCUCUGUCUGAGGGCAUUGCUUCUAAAGUGUGAAGAGCACUUGAGUAGAAAAAGAUAGUGUUGUUCAUCAGGGCAUUGCAGUGUGUGUCAGUGUCCUCUGUAACAGGGAUUCCCAGAUGUUAUUGACUACAAUUCCUUAAUCCUCAGCUGAUGACCACUGCAGCUGAAGAUGCUGGGAAUCAUCUGGGAAUCCCUGUUACAGGGAGCACUGGUGUGUGGGUGUGGGUGUUUCAAUUCCAUAGUAGCACUAUCAUUCACCUAUUCAGGACAAACGUCCCUACAUAUUCCUGUAAUUCCACUGGGCAGGCUGCAAGUCAAAACAGCCUUUUCUUCUAGCUGGUAAAAUGGACUUGUGUGGCUCUGGAGGCCUUUUGCACCCUUUAGCUGUUCUCUGAGGCUCAUUAUAUUUCUACUUGUGGUGAGAGAGGGGGAAAUGUAGACAAGGAAGGCCAUUCUAAGGUUUGCUGCUUCAACCUUUCUUUGACAAUGUGUACUCUUCGGUCAAUAUUCUUAACUGAGAAACAUGGUCAUGAAGCUUCUUUAAGUCAUGUAACUUGGACUUGGGCACAUCUAAGCCUCCAGACCCCCUAAUGCUGAGCCUUCCUGCCAUUCUGCGGCCUGGUCUGCAACCGGAGCAGAAUGAGGGAGUAGCAUGGGCUGUACCACUUCAACCUGCAGGUGGGGGGAUACCAUUUUGAAUUCGCCUGUGUACAAAACAUUACCUGCAAAUAGAAAACCUAGCACGUCAUGGUUGGAAUCUAGCCCAAUCUUUUACCUGCAGUGAGUUUCUAAUUUGUAGGGAGUUAUUAACAAAUUCAAAACACCGGUUUUCCCCUACCACCACCACCACCACCAGCUCCUCCUCCUGCAGUCUGAAAUGGGACAGCCUAUUCCACCACCUGUCUGUGAAGACCAGGGCUGAGGAACUUGGGUGCAGGAAGUUGUCUUCAAGUGACUAAAGGCUCUUGAAGUGGCUGAAGACCUUGCCAUCCCUGAAGCCACAACUAUAUGAACAAUUGUCUGGUGUGUAGCUGCACCACUCACAGCUACCAGUGGCAGGGAACCAAGGACAUGUGCUGUUCCCAGGCCAGGAAUUGGCUGCUUGCUUGUAGUUGGUAGAAGAUCUUCCCUUCCAGCAUUAGCGGUACACUUCUGGAGUGCGAUGGAAUCGAUAGCUUCAAGCUCUUAGCAAGAGCCCUGAGUUUUGUCAUUGUGCUUUAUAUACAAUCUUGUGUGCUGUUUCCUUAAUUCUCUCAUAUGAAAUCUGUGGGAAUGCUUUUUAAAAGAGAAUCCUAAUAUAUUUUGUCGUAUUUUGACUAAAGUUUUAAACAUGUGAAAGUGUGCUUGGUUUUCUCUCUUGUGUUCACUUUUUUAAAAAAAAUAACUUGAACUUCAAACAGUUGGAGUCCUCUUUCUGGAUAGCUUUCCUGCAAAAUGUUACUGGAUUUCCUUUAGGUUGGCUUCCUACACUGUUUGCCUGCACACGUAUGUGUUUUUCGUUCUGGCAGCUUUACAAUGAGACACUUUAAAAGUCUGGACUUGUUUUUAAACUUUGUAAUUUUCCUGUGUGGUGAACUACAAUAAAUGGAUACACCAGA